CCGGGAAGCUUCGUCAUCAGGGCGAUUUGCUCUUAUACGAUUAUUACAUGUCGCCUCUCUAGUAUAAUUUGAAGUUUUAAUCUUCCAGGUAAAUUGCCUGGAUAGAUUCUGGGUUGAAUCUGGUUCUUUCACACUUUCUCAUAGAUCGACCUUCACAAUGCUCCUACAGAACACUCAGGGAAACGCACUUCAGUAUGGAAUCACUGCUGCUUGCGGCGCCGGGUUCCUUCUCUUCGGUUAUGAUCAGGGUGUGUUUGGUGGCCUCCUGGAUAAUGAGGCCUUUCUCAGAACCUUCGGUUUUCCAGGAGCUACGAUUCAAGGCCAGAUCGUGGCAACAUACGAUAUCGGCUGUAUUAUUGGAACACUCCUGUCUAUGUAUGCUGGAGACAGGCUGGGACGCCGAAGAUGUAUUUUGAUUGGCUGCAUCAUCCUAAUUGUCGGUGCAAUCCUUCAAACUGCUUCCUAUUCUCUCGCGCAGAUGAUCACCGGCCGCGUGGUUGCGGGAAUCGGAAACGGAAUGAAUACCAUCGCUAUCCCAAUCUGGCAGACAGAAACUGCGCGACCGAAAGAUAGAGGUAAACUUAUUGUUUUCCAGCUAGUGACCAAUAUUUUUGGAAUCGUGAUCACGAAUUGGAUGAAUUACGGCUUCACUUUUGUUCCACACUCAUCUGUGAGCUGGAGAUUUCCUCUCGCAUUCCAAUGUUUCUUUUCUAUCAUUACGAUUGCCUUGGUACUUGUCACACCUGAGUCACCUCGCUGGCUCAUUAUGAAGAAUCGCAUUAGCGAGGCGCAGAAAAUUCACGCGAGGCUCUUAUCGAAGCCAGAUGACCAUCCGUCGGUUGUCAACGAGAUUCACAACUUAGUUGCCGCUGUUCACCAUGAUGCUGAAGUGCAGAAGUCUGUGGCCUUGAAAGAAAUCUUCACUCGGAAUAGCAAGCAGCAAACACUUCGCCGUAUGCUUCUGGGAGCUGGCACUGCGUUCUUCCAACAGGUGGGAGGUACCAAUGUUAUUGCAUAUUAUCUCCCAGUGGUUCUUACACGGUCAGUCGGUUUGAGCACUCGCAUGGCUCUAAUUUUGUCCGCUGUUGACUCGAUGUCCCUCAUGUUCUGGGGCUCAAUCGCAGCUCUCUUGAUCGACCGUGUUGGGCGAAAGAAGCUGAUGCUCAUGGGCGUAUCAGCCAGUUGCGUCUGCUUUGCCCUUGUUGCGGUGGGUCUGCGAUAUGGCGGGCCAGGUAACAAGGGUAUGUCAAUCAUGGCUGUAGUCUUCAUUUUUGUCUACUACGUCUUUUACGGAAUGUCGCUGCUCUCUAUUCCUUACAUAUACCCUGCCGAAAUCAAUUCUCAGAAAAUGCGCAACAUCGGCACGUCUUUUGCCACAACAAUCAAUUGGCUUUUCGUCUAUGUUGUGGUUGUGGCCACCCCUACCGCCAUCCAAAAUAUCCAGUGGCGGUAUUAUAUGCUCUAUGCCAUUUUCAACUUUACCUUUAUCCCACUGAUCUACUACUUUUAUGUUGAGACUGCUACCUUAUCACUUGAACAAGUCGACCGGUUGUUUGAAAUCAAGCACAAUGCAGGAAAAGAUAUGAGUUGGACAGACGCAGCACGGAUCGCACGCACGGAGGGUGGGGAUCCGCGGAUGUCUGGAGGGAAAGAUGACAUUGAUGCAGAGCACUGUGAAGAUGUUUCCUAG